AUGGGAGACCUGGAUGCUGCAUGCGGAGGCCUCCCUCCACCCGGCACUUCAGACCGGAGCUCCAAACGUGAAACGCUGCUCCCGGACGCUGCCGCUCGCGUCGCGUGCAGAAGCCGCGCGCAGAAGCGCUGCGCGCGGCACUGCGAUUCAAGAUGGCGGCAGCGGGCCGUGUGCAGAGAGGCUGCGCCCGGCACUGUGGUCUGCAGCUGCGAGCAGCUCAGCUGCACAGGACUGCAAGGCGAGAAUGCCAACCCCUCCCCCGCUGAUGAGACCGCCUACAAAGCUGAUCCCUAUAAAGCAGCCCCACCUGCGUGCGUCCUGGCAGGGAGAGCGGGGACUCGACAGCGGGAGCUGGCAACUCUGCCUUCUUCAAUCAAGGAAUCAAGCUUUCCUCUGCUUCGGAACCAAACUCCAGCUCGUUGCAUUGGUGCGAGCACCACCUGGCAGGAGGACGCCUGUUGCGGGCCAACUCGAAAGGCUCUGGAAACAACAAUUUCUCUAAGGACCCAUCAUUCCUUCUUGUGGAGGAAGAUAUUUAGAAGCCAAGAUCAGCUGGAUAUUCAGUGUGUUCAUCACUAUUUUCCUGUCACUGCUCUAGGAACUCUCAAGGGACAGAGGCAUCUGCUGCAAUUAAAGAAAAGAAAGUUGAGGAACACUGUGAUGCAAGAGAUCUGGCAGCAAACCUACAGGAGCUCCAAUUGGCCAAAGCUGAACAAUUUGAGCAACAAAAUAGAAAACGAUAGUAUUGGAUUAUAAUCCAUAGGCUAAAAUACAUAUCCAUGAGUUUAUGAGGAUAUAAAGAUAUUUGAUUAAAUAGAUAGACAGGAGUGAAUGGACAGUCCUCCCUUACAACAGAACUCACAUUAAUGUAAGUAGAAGGAAAGGGAGAUGGAAAGUCAGUAGUGAGCGAGCAGCAUAGCACUUGUUGCAUACAAGUUUUACUAAUGGAUGCUAAACAGUGAGUGAAAGUUUGAGGAGAAAGAGGAGAGAUAUCAUCUCAAAGUACGUCCUCUGAGAUAUUUGCUUACUACAGGGGCAGGGAUGGGAAGGAUAACAACGUUAUAGUGCAGCAACCCAGCAGAAACCACCUUUCCCGAGGGAUUAAGGUUACUUCACCAGUGAUAAGGCACGUGGAUAUCAUAAGCCGGGUGACAUGGUGCACUAAGAAAGCAACAGCAUCACUUCUGUUAUAUUCUUGCCCCAGAUGCAGAGCCUCGGUCCAGUCGUGUGAAAACUCUAGGCAAACACAAACCGAGGGACAGUCCCUCAGUUCAUCGGUCAUGAAAUAACUGACCGAUACCCUCCACAGGUGUCAAAGUCGUGAAAAAAGACUAAAGAACUGUUAUAGACUGUAGGAGACUAAGAAGAAGUAACAACUAAAUGUAACAUGGGAUCCUGAUAGGAUUCUGGAAAAGAAAAAGCACAUAAGUGGACAAACUGGUAAAACUUCAGUAAAGCCUUUGGUGAAUGGUGUUGUACCUAUGUUCAUUUUCUGGUUCUGAUUGUUGCACUCUAAUUAUAUAAGAUGUUACUCUCAGGGGAAUUUGAGUAAAGGGUAUAUGGAAUAAAGACGCAGACGUAGAGAAUGGACUUGAGGACACGAGGAGGGGGAAGGGUAAGCUGGGACGAAGUGAGAGAGCGGCAUGGACAUAUAUACACUACCAAAUGUAAAAUAGAUAGCUAGUGGGAAGCAGCCGCAUAGCACAGGGAGAUCAGCUUGGUGCUUUGU